AUGAUUCAGAUUCUCAUUCGAACAUUGCAUGAUAACCCCAUGAUAUGGCAUGAGCAGCUACCCAUGGCGUUGUGGGCAUACCGCACUGCAUCCAGAAGCUCCACUAGAACCUCUCCUUACUCACUUGCUUAUGAUGCUGACAUUGUUCUGCCAGAAGAAAUUAAAAUCCCAUCAGCUACUCCUUACUCACUUGCUAACAAACAUGUAAGUCAUUUACUCGAGGGAUAUGGCAUCAGGCAAGUCUUUUUUACUCCUUACCGCCCUCGAGGAAACGGACAAGCUGAGAGCACCAAAAAAACCCUGAUUCGGAUUCUCUGUCGAACAGUGCAUGAUAACCCCAGGACAUGGAAUGAGCAACUACCCAUUGCGUUGUGGGCAUAUUGCACUGCAUCUAGGAUCUCAACAGGAACCUCUCCUUACUCACUUGUUUAUGGUGUUGACGUUGUUUUCCCAGCAGAAAUCAAAAUCCUAUCAUCCAGGAUUGCGGCAACAAGUGAGGUUCAAUGGAAUGAAUAUGAAAUAUCAAAUUCCAGGAUAAAAGAGUUGGACACACUCGAUUCCAGAAGGACUAAGGCAGAAGAUCAUGCAGAGCUACUGAAGAAGAGUCUCCAGGGCGUAUGA